AUCAGAACAAAGUGAGAACUAAGGAAGGAUGUACGACAAUGUGAGAGGUCCAGAGGAGUACUAGUAUCUACACAGAUGGUCAUUUGACCUCUUAUUGAUUUGAAGAAAUAUCAAUAAACGGUGUUUAAUUUUACAGCCUGCAAAAGUGGUAUAACGCUGUUCUUGUUGUUCUAGACCGAAGGCAAAAAAUAAAACAAACAAACGAAGGCAAGGAAAACGAAGCCAUUUCAAAAACUAUUGGGUAUAGUGACCUGGCGAUACCCGACACCAACGCAUCUGUGGGUUUUUUGUUUCAGUUUUUUUUUCCUCAGGACAAAUGCCAAGCGCUUCGAAUGCGAAGUGCUUAUCAAGUAGUGCAGGCGCAUCUAAUCUUUACACAUCUGAUGUUAUCAUAAUCAAAAUCCAAUGCUAACAAAGUUUCUAUUCAGUCUACAUUCUCUGUAAAUAGGUAAGUAGCAUCAUAGGGAAAAGCUUUUCCGCGUGACGGUUUAACCGACCCAUAAUGUUUAGUUGUGUGGAUCAGAGCCAAAGAGGUAAAAUGGCCCAUACAUAAAGGACAAAUAACACUUUUUUGCGCAGAUGUUUGCACCAAAUCAGGUAGGCCACCAGAUUCUGCUAAACUAAAACAAACUAAAACGUUACCAUUACUGUUACCGUUCUUAAAUAUUCUAGGCUUUCACUUGGAAAGCACAAAAAUUUCCUUCGUCAGUCCCGUUUCAAUCCCCUUCAACCGUUGCACCCUUUAUUUUGUUUUCUCUUUUCAUGAAAGUUCAAGUCAAUCUUUUGCAAUCGAUCCCUCUUUUUGAUGGAAACACGAUAUACGAUAUCGAAAAGAAAAGAUCAAUCGUCAAGUUAUUCAGAGCAAUGAUUUAAAUGUCAAAUGAAUCGCUUCUUUUCAGACGCAAAACAAAUCUCGACUUAGGCGGUUCAUUUUAAGGGUCACACACGUCGUCGAUCGUACACGAAACGCGAAUCGCGCCAAUCAUGAAGAACUUUUCUCGGAGUCCAGCAGUUUUCUUCUUUUUAACUGUAACGUGUUUUGGCGAAGGGACCAUUUGGGAGACAAGGGAAGAUGUUUAUGAACGUUUUCAAAACGUGCCUCCACUACAAGAAACCAGGCAAUACCUAAUGAAAUAUUUCCUGGACCGUCAACCCGACUCAAGAGGCAAGCGAUACACUCCAUAUUACGACAUCAUUUUUAUUCUGGACUCAUCGGCGUCCAUUUCACAGGAACACUUUAAUCUCAGUCUAAUCACAGCUCGGAGUCUGGUGACGAGGUUUGCUCCUGACACACAGUUUGCUGCAGUGACAUUCGGCAGUAACGCAACUGUCAACUUCAAUUUCAACUCGUCCAGGGUCGCCAUUGAAAGCCUUCGCAAAAUUCAUUACAGAGGAGGAAAGAAAAACACUUUGGAUGCAUUCAGAAAGACACACAAGAUGCUCUUAUUAAACCGUGACUCGGGAGUGCGUGACGGCAGUCGUAAGCGAGUGUUACUGGUGACUGACGGACCAUGUGAGCGGAACCUCAAUGACACGAUCAAGGUACAGAAGCUCAUUUGGACGACCAUGCAGAUUAAGACUCUGGGACCAGAGAUGUUUGUUGUUGCUGUUGGUCGCCGGAUUCCCAGGAUUGAAGAGCUACUUUUGAUACCGAGUUCUACUGAUGCGCAUUUCUACCGUGUGGCCAACAUGGCGGCAUUUAAAAGAUUAGUAGAUGGGAUUGCUACACACAUCGUUUAUCAAGAUACAGACGAUUACUUUCCGCUCCCAUAAAACUGUUACAGCUUGUUACCAGGGCCGCUUACUGUACAUGUUUUGGCAGUAUCCUGUACCUGACCAUGGGUUUGUUUAAGGAAGUCUUCAA